AUGGCCGAGGGCCAUACACCCCUCGGUAAAAGAGGCUACAACUCAUCCGUCUCUUGUCUGACAGAUGCCGCCCCUGAUCCUACGAGUGGCCUGAACCUCGCUCAUGCGGAUUAUGCGGUGCCACCGGACAACUAUGUCUUCUGGAUUGAUACUCUGCCACUGAACAAGACCAAUGUCCUGCCUUACCUCGAUGGGAACGCCACAGCGCUUGCGCGAUCAUCUUCGAGGGUGGCAAGGAAGUGCCAGAUUCACAAGAGCACAGACGCCUCCUUGUAUCCUUUGAAAGGCUUUGUCACUGGUGAGAAGUUAUACCCUUCGAUCGAGACUUUGCGCAUAACCUUUGACGCUGGCGAGCUGGGAAUGGAGAACGAUCAGACGAUCGAUGCAGACUGGGCACUAGCCGAUUACAAGCCGGAGCUCAGCAAGCGUGAUCUCGAACAGAGGCUAGCACCGGCUACCCUAGAUAUCGGUGGUAAGAGACACAAGGUCGAUGAGAAGAACCAGUACGUUGAUUAUAUGGGAUGGUCCUUCUACAUCGCCCUCACUCGAACUUUGGUUGUCAUGUUCUACGACAUACGCUUCGAAGGUGAGCGCAUCAUAUACGAGCUGUCUAUGCAAGAGGCCACCGCUCAGUACGGUGGCAGCCAGCCGAAGGCCGCGAACACAGUCUACCAUGAUACUUACUACAGCCUCACCACUGAGAUGGGGACCCUUGUCGAAGGCUACAAUUGUUCAUGGGGUCCUACGUUCUGGAAUCUGACAUAUCACGAUGGCAACAUGACAACCAUCAACACCAACUCACUAUGUAUUUUCGAAGCCGACAUGAUUUCCCCACUGUCCCGCCACCGCUACGGAGCCAACAAUGACUAUGGCUUCAGCAAGCUCGGCACUGUCAAGGGCGCACAGCUCAUCGUCAGCGCGAUCGCAACUAGCUCCUUCUACUACCCCACGCAUGGCAAGUGGGGACCUCGGAUCCAGCAGGCAACUCAAGGCUCGUUGCACGAUCACAUCAUCACAUUCAAAGCCGACUUCGACAUCUCGGGGACAGACCGAGCAGCAGUUCAACUAGGCCGCCAACAACCAGGCCAUUCUCUUGAGAACUCCGAGUUCGCAAAGACACAUCUUGCUGUUUCAAGACAGCAUGACGCGAAAGUGUUUGCCAAUAGUGUUCAAAACGCGGGCAACUCAAAACAUCAUCAGCAGGACUUCAGCAAGUUCUUUGAUGGUGAAAGCAUCAAGGAUGAAGAUUUGGUGGUGUGGUUCAACUCGAGCAUGCAUCACUUCACUCGAAGCGAGGAUAUACCGGUGACACUAUACACGGAAGCAUAUAGCAGCAUCGCCCUAGCGCCUCAGAAUUUCUUCGAUCGAGCUCAGGAUGGCGAUCUGUUGAACAGGAGUCGUUCACACGCGCUGCCGCCAGGUACCGAGGUAGGAGUCGGUGGCAGCUGCAACAGGCGAAUGAUAUUAAUGGCGGCUCCUUCCUUCGACCGUGUGUGGUACAACUCAAGUCAAGCUUUUUCAACACCAUACCCAGAAGUUCUCGCAUUCCCGUUCCCCGUUAGAGUGAAGAUAGGCGAUGUAUUUCAAAUGGCCAAAUCUUACGAACUGACGACCAACGAACAGCUCCCUGACCCUGCAGCAGUUGCAAACAUGCCGAACCUGAAUCUGGAGUUCCGAAUCGAAAUUUGA